AUGCAAUCUAUAAAAGUGGUAAAUAAUAAUAAAAAAACAAGUGCUCUUUUAAUCCCAAAAAAUGAAUGGACACGACUUAAAAAGAUUUUAACCAAAAAGGACGAGGAUAAAGCUGCAAUUGAGAAGAGAAAACAAUUAAAAGACGAACGGUAUGCUACAUCCAAAGCUAUGUCUGAAUCAUGGGCCACCACUAUAUUGAAUAAACGAAAGAAAGGACAUGAAGACAAACUAAAGUUAUUAGCAUUUAGAGAAGCCAGACAACACGAAAAAGACGAAAUUUUAAAACAYAAGAUUUUGAAGCGCAGAAAUGCCAUUGUAGAAAAGGCACUUUUGAAGAAAUGGUUGGAUAGGGAUUCGACAAAAGCGUUGACCAGGGUAAUGCACGAGAUGGAGGUGUUCAGAGAGAGAUCUAUGCAAAUUAAAUUCAAUGAGGCGCAGAAAGCAAAGGAAUUGGAAGCAGAUUGUUUGUUAAAAAUAGAACAAAAUUUAGAUGCUGAACGGUACAAGGCAGAUCGGUGGGAACAAAAAUUGAAACAAGCUGAAACAAAAAAAGCUUAUGCUGCUGUGUUACUAAAUGAAUUGAAAGAACGAGAGACUAUAAAGAGUGACAAUGAUGUUAAAUUAAGAGAAGAAGGUAAAGCUGAAUUACAAAGAAUCGCAAAUGAAAUAGCGGAAGAUAUAAAGAAUAAAAAUGCUAAAACUCUAGCAACGAGAGAGAAUUUAAUAAACCACAUAAGUGAAAGUAGAAAAAUCAUGGCUGAAAACAUUAAGCGGCGUCAAUUAGAAGAUGAAAAAGAAAAUGUAUUGACAUCGAUAAUGGCUGAAGUAAAAAAAGAAAUGGCUAAAAAAAGAAAACUGAAAGAAAUAGAAAUUUUAAAAGAGAAACAAUUAUUAUCAAAAAAAGUGGUUAAACCAAUUACAAACACUAAUCAAGAUAAAGAAGACAUUGCAUUUCAGAACGCAAUUAAAGAAAAAGAGAAAAAAUAUCAAGAAGAAGAACUUAAAAAAAAUGUAUGGAUGAAAAAGAGAAAAGAAGAUUUCGAGAAAAAUAAGAAAAUUUUGGAUGAAGAAAAUAGAAAGGAAAAGGAACGUUUGACACUGAGUUAUCAGUGGGAAAUGGAAAGGAACCUAAGAGAGACUGAGAUGUUACGCAAGCUCGAAACUUCACGUAAUCAGGCAAAGACCAGAGAAAUCAACCGCUUUAGAGAGAAUCUCAACAAACAACGAGAUAACAAUAUAGCAGCUACUAGAGCUAACAAACGAGUAGAUAUUGAAGAAUAUAAUGCUCAAUUAAAACUAUGGCGACAGCAGGACGAGGAACUUAUGGCCUACGGUAAAAAUAUGAUAACUAAAUAUAAAAAAGAUGGAAUAUCUGUCAUACCACUCAUAAAAGCAAUGGAGGACUACAAGAAAAACAACUAA